AUGUUUGGUUUGCGCAGGUCCGACGGCGCUGCGUCCCCUGCACCAGCAGUACCCCUCCCGCCUGUCCCGAUGAACGCAGGCUCACCGCAACUGCCGCCCUUCCCUCCUUUCCCGGCACUCUCGCCUCCCUCGCGCCUCGUCUUCCCUUCGCGUCCGAACCGACCAGUUGUCGACCAGGGCGACACGUCGCCUGCAUCGUCCCACUCCAGCAUCGACUCGGCCGCCUCGACCGAGGAAGCUGUCUCAACGCGACCCUCGACUCCUGCCAGCAGCGCGUUCACGGCAAAGGACGCCCGUCUGUCGCACACACAGGGUGCCGAGGAUAACGACUUGAGUGUCCAGUUGGCAUUGUUGGACGUGGACGAGACGGAUGAGGAGUCUUUCACGGAGGAAGAUGCCAGGGGUCGACCCGCACGACAGUUCCUUUCGACUCGCCUAUCAGCCACCGCUACGCCCGCCGCUCCACCCUAUCUCAGCAGCUCCGACGUCGAGGAAGCCAUCGUCGACUGUGGCUGCGGCGAUGCGCCAACCUCGCCUCUCUCUCCCGCCUCGCCAAUAUCCGAAGACGACGACUUCUUCUCGGAGGGCGAGCAAAUCCUCCUGGCGGGCGAGCCGGCUGGCCUCGGCCUCGGCCUUUCGAAACGCCCAAGUCUGCCGCUGCCUUCGCUGCCCGGCGCAGGCGCAUCGCCGUUCUCGGCGAGACAGCCUCUCGGACGGCAACGCAGCGUCAGCGGCAGCGCGUUCGUCGAGGAGGGUAUCACGCGAGUGGACGAGACGCGAGCGCGAGAAGCUGGUGAAGGCGGAGUGCUCGGCUUGAGCGAGAGCGAGGGUGAAGGGGGAACUGCUACGGCGACGCCAACCAUGUCUUUCCAGACGACGACAACCGCCACGGCACGACCUUUCGGACGCCAAGAACCGGUUGCUGGACCGUCAACAUCUCCAACUCGCUCGGCGCCCCUCACGCCGGCGGACGAACGGUCGAAGAUGGUCGCGCGGCGCUUGCUUCGGAGGAAGCGGAGCACGACGAAGAAGGAGAAGUUCGAGCGCUUCGUUCUGCCAACGGCAGAGUCGAUGCAGGCGGCGAGCGAGUGCGAGCUCGUUGCAGAAGGCGGUCAGAAGGUGACGUUUGGCGAGUUGAUCAAGCACCGCGGGCACAAGAAGGUCGUCGUCAUCUUCCUCCGCCACGCCUGGUGCGGUCUCUGCGCGCAAUACGUCGAGGCCUUGAACCGCGCAAGCCUCAACCUCGUCUCGCUCACGGCCACCACGUUCUCGUCGAUGUCCAGCACCGCCUCGAAUCCUGCUCCCGUCAUUCCGCCUCUCUACGUCCUCCUUGUCAAUUCUGGUUCACCGACCCUGAUCUCGGCAUAUCGCGAUCGGAUGGAUACGCCGUUCCCGCUGUAUUCGGAUCGGAAACGCGCGCUGUACAAGGCGCUGGGAAUGACAAAGAAGACGUGGGACAUGGGCAAGGAGGCGGACAAGGGGUCCUACAUCGUCAAGAGCAAUAUGGAGAACGUCACCUCGUCCAUCAAGGCUGGUGUCGCCAUGCCUCGGUACCCUGGCAGCCAGACGCAGCUCGGCGGCGAGUUUGUUUUCGAGUACAACGACGUCGAUGACAAGGUCGACUGCCUCUUCGCCGCCCGGAUGUCGACGACCCGCAACCACGCCGAGAUCCGCGACGUCUUUUCGGCGGCCGGAGUCGAGCUGAACGACGAGGAUGCGGCAAGCGUCUAUGCCUCCUGA